AGUACCCGAACUCGUAAUAGAGCUAAAAUAAGGAAAUCUGAAUAAAAUUAUGCCUUAAGCCUAAUGUGGUACACAUACUACGGGAGUACCCAUGUUUUAUUGUCAAUUCAUAUAAAUUACUUUUUUACCGUCUUAUCAUUUUCACUGAAAUGACUUUAUGCUAUCAGUUACCAUCAAUAUGCUGGUAUUAAAUUUUUUGAACAUAUUGAACUUGCCUCAAUUGUUGAUUUGUGAUAACGUAUUAUUCGACAAAAUAAGUCUCAGCUCAAGCCCGAAAACAAAGCAAAAAGUGACAGCAUCAGCACUUGCAUAUUCAGAUAACAUUAUUCCGAAUAGUUAUGCUUGAGUUGUUUUUGGUGGUGGAGUACGAAUGGUACUAAGGUAACCAGACCUCUAAUUUAUGUCUCGAAUCAUAUUUUUAUUUGUUCAUGUUAAAUAAUGUGUUUUCUUACUUUGACUCAGUAUUAAUAUUUUGUAACUCAAGUGAUUUGUCUUGUUUUGUAGAAACUAAAAUGGAUAGAAUAAUUUUUACAAAGGAUUUGUUAAAGAUAGCAAAUGUUAAACGAUUAUUCCUAAAAUCCAUCCGCUCUUCAUCGAACAAAAAUCCUCAGCUGCCUUUAAAUGAAGAAUGGAUGGCUUUGGCAACAAAACAGUUAAAAGGAGCUGACCCAGAUAAGAAAUUAACAUGGACAACACCAGAUGGCAUUAAAGUGAAACCACUUUAUUCGAAAGACGACUCCAGCAACUUUGAAGAUGAAUUACCAGGCAAAUAUCCAUACACCAGGGGACCAUAUCCCACGAUGUAUACAAACAGACCUUGGACUAUCAGGCAAUAUGCAGGAUUCAGCACUGUUGAACAAAGUAAUAAGUUUUAUAGAGACAAUAUAAAAGCUGGGCAGCAGGGACUGAGUGUUGCUUUUGAUCUGGCAACCCACAGAGGAUAUGAUUCAGAUAAUAUAAGAGUGCAAGGAGAUGUUGGAAUGGCUGGUGUUGCAAUCGACAGUGUGGAAGACAUGAAAAAGUUAUUUGAAGGCAUUCCUCUCGAUAAGAUGUCGGUAUCAAUGACAAUGAAUGGAGCCGUCAUUCCCAUCAUGGCCAUGUUCAUUGUUGCUGGGGAAGAGCAGGGUGUGAGUGCUGAUAAGUUAACUGGGACAAUACAGAAUGAUAUUUUGAAAGAAUUCAUGGUAAGAAACACUUACAUCUAUCCUCCUGAACCAUCAAUGAGGAUAAUAUCGGAUAUAUUCGCGUUCACUUCAAAUAAUAUGCCAAAAUUCAACAGUAUUUCUAUCAGUGGUUAUCAUAUGCAAGAAGCCGGUGCUGACACCGUUCUUGAAUUAGCCUAUACAAUUGCUGAUGGCAUCCAGUAUUGCAAAACUGGAAUUCAGGCAGGUUUAGACAUUGAUAACUUUGCACCACGAUUAUCUUUCUUCUGGGGAGUUGGAAUGAGCUUUUAUAUGGAAAUAGCCAAGAUGAGAGCAGCUAGAAGAUUAUGGGCUCACCUUAUCACGGACAAAUUUCAACCUAAGAAUCCAAAAUCAUGUUUAUUGCGAACGCAUUCACAGACUUCAGGUUGGUCACUGACAGAGCAAGACCCUUACAAUAAUAUAAUUCGAACUACGAUUGAAGCAAUGGCUGCAGUGUUUGGUGGAACUCAGUCAUUGCAUACUAAUUCAUUUGAUGAAGCGCUUGGCCUACCAACAGUAACAAGUGCUAGAAUUGCAAGGAACACACAGAUUAUUUUGCAGGAAGAAACUGGCAUCCCUCAUGUUGCAGAUCCUUGGGGAGGUUCAUAUAUGAUGGAAAAUCUCACAAAUAUGGUCCACGAUCAAGCUUUGGAGAUCAUUGAAGAAAUAGAAAGUAUGGGCGGAAUGGCAAAAGCAGUUUCAGAGGGAAUUCCAAAGUUAAAGAUUGAAGAAUGUGCUGCCAGAAGACAAGCUAGAAUUGAUUCAGCUUCUGAAACCAUUGUUGGCGUCAACAAAUACAGACUUGAAAAAGAAGAAAAUGUUGAAGUUUUAUCGAUUGAUAAUGCUGAAGUUAGAGAAAGCCAGAUAAGAAAAUUAAAAGAAAUCCGCAAAACAAGAGAUGAGGACAAAGCUCAGCAAGCUCUAACAGAUAUUACUGAAUGUGCAAGGUCAAAGGAAGGCAACUUAUUAGGAUUGGCAGUUGAAGCAGCAAGAUGUCGUUGCACUGUUGGCGAAAUAUCUUCUGCAAUGGAGAAAAUAUUCGGAAGACAUCAAGCAAAAGAUAGGAUGGUCAGCGGAGCUUAUAAAACAGAAUACGGAGAGGAUUCUGAAAUUAAAGAUGCUCUGAGAAGAGUUGACGAGUUUUCUGAGGAAGAAGGUAGAAGGCCGAGGAUUCUUGUUGCCAAGAUGGGGCAGGAUGGACAUGAUCGAGGGGCAAAAGUCAUUGCAACUGGAUUUGCUGACCUUGGAUUUGAUGUCGAUAUCGGUCCUUUGUUCCAGACCCCAUCAGAAGUAGCCCAGCAAGCAAUUGAUGCUGAUGUACACUGUGUAGGCGUCAGUUCACUGGCUGCAGGUCAUAAAACACUCGUUCCUGAACUCAUCAAAGCUUUGAAAGAAAUGGGAAGAUCUGACAUACUUGUAUUAGCCGGAGGUGUGAUUCCACCGCAAGACUACGAAUUCCUUUUUAAUGCCGGUGUGGCAAGUAUAUUCGGUCCUGGAACUCGGUUACCUCUCGCGGCAAUGGAAGUUAUUGAACUUAUUGAGAAGAAUACUAAAAACCAAAAGCAAUCAGUUUGAAUGGUGUUUCUUAUUUGAAAGAAAACUCUUGGAAGAACUCACAAUAAUGCACUUCUGUUAUGAACUAAACUCUGCCACUCUGCCUGAAGUCGAUAAGUUGACAUUCUGAACCAGUGGUUUCCAAGCUUUUUCGCUCUUCUACCCCCUUUGAAUAUAUAUUUCAAGGUGACAGACAGACACCCUUGAAGAUUUUCCUUGAAUUUUGUCUAGAAAUGAGAGUGCAUUGGUGCACUGAAGAAGAAAUGAGAAAAUAGAAUAAAAUCCAUAUUAAUCAAAAACGAUAGCACACAUUUAACAUACAGGAUAUCAUAUUGGUAAGAGCGCUCAGCGCUGGAAUGGUAGACCCUUGUCUAAUUCUAGAAUCGGUCAAACCUAAGCCUUAAAAAUUGAUAUCCCGGGGUUUUUCAUUUUUAUUUUUUUCGCCGACAUACAAUAUUUUACUUUCAUUAUUAAUUAGGAGAAAAAAUUAGUGAUAAAAUUCCACAUGAAAUUACUUUGCUUCGUGACCCCCAGGUUCGGAACCACUGUAUUAUAAAGGCUCAGCAGUUUGGUGUUUUCGUAGAAUAUAUUUUGGAUAGAAUGAUUUUAUUGCCAAAUAUGUCAGCGCUAUCGUUU